AAUCAUGUAAAAAGUGGGACUUUGCCAGUCAAGAACUCUGAAGAUCGAGUUGCAAAACUAAACAAGGAGGGAAGCCAUUCCCACAUCCAAGCAUGGGAAGAGAGCAAGAAAACCAAGGUCUUCAACAGAUACAACAGGAAGCUUUCCAAGAUAUUGGCUUGGGAGAACAUGAAAAAAGCAACAGCUGAAGCUCGUUUGAGAAAGGGAGAGGAAAAAUUGGAAAAGAGGAGAGCAGAGUAUGUUGAGCAGAUUAGAAAUGAGAUGGCAUAUGCUCAUAAAAAAGGUGAUGAGAAAAGAGCAAAGGCAGAGGUGAACAAGGGUAAGUGUUUGAUUAGAGUAGAGGAGGAAGCAGCAAUUAAGCAUCAUACAGUUAACCAUCAACUCAGUUAUCACUGCCCCUCUUGCCUUAAAGGGCCAUAGAAUUUGUGGUGCACUGAAGAAAUAAUCCUAUAGUAUUCUUAGAGUUAAUCUGGAAAUUCACCUUUUUAAGAUUAGAUUUCUUUAUCCAUGUUAAUGGAUAGAAAGAAUUCAUAUUAGUUUAUGAAUA